AUGUCCCUUUUGUGUUUCACCUUCUUCUUCUACUUCAUCGCCAUUAUGCUGAAGGUCUUCUUCACCACUGCUCACAUGCAGGAGGACCCUCGAUAUGUCCUCUUUGUCCACAUGCUCAUCAACGACACAUUGUAUAUCAUCAUCACAAAUUUCCUUGUAGUGUCUUACAUGCAUUCUGUAUACCUCCCCAUAAUACUCUGUAUCAUCAUUAACACUUUGACUGGCUGUAUCUUUCUAGUGACUCCAUACAACCUGGCCCUCAUGUCUCUAGAACGUUACAUAGCCAUAUGUUUCCCACUGAGACACUUACAAUUUUGCACACCAAAGAGAGCUAAAUAUGCUAUUCUUCUGGUCUGGGUUAUAUGUUUGUCUCUAUGUCUUGUAAACUUCAUUAUAGCGUUGAGCUUAGCAGACAGAACCUUAUAUUCUCUUUAUGGGUUGUGUGAUAGUCCAAUGCUGAGGAUAAGCCCCAUAAUAGGCCAGAUUGGCACCUUCAUCAAUAUCUUCAGCUUCUCUGGGGUCGCUUUGAUCAUUGUAUUUACCUACAUAAAUGUCAUGCUGGUUGCCAGGAGGAUCGGAUCUAGUGGUUCUUCAGCCCUUAAAGCUGGUAAAACUGUGAUGCUCCAUGCCUUCCAACUCAUAUUAUGUAUGGUCGCCUUCAUCUCCACCGUAACUGAGGUCUAUACAUCUGACAAGCUCAUCACUAUUAUGCUCCUGUUUGAGAUCUCCUAG